UGGUUUCUGUCAAAGAUUCAGGACGAAUUUAGAGGUGGAAAAAUCACCGUUGAAAAUGCUCACAAAUUGCUUGAAAAGCUUGAUAUCCCAUGCAACUUUGAGCAUGUGAAACAUAUUUUUAAGGAAAAUGAUAGACAGAAACAAGGGAAAAUCACCAUAGAAGAAUUUAGAGCUGUUUAUCGGAGUAUUGCACACAGAGAAGAAAUUAUUGAGAUUUUCAACACAUAUUCUGAGAACCGGAAGAUUCUUUCUGAAAAAAGCCUGACUGAGUUUUUAACACGAGAGCAGUAUGAACUGGAGGAAAAUGAUUCUCUUUCAACUGAGAUCAUCCAGAAGUAUGAGCCUAUUGACGAAGUGAAAAAUAAAGGCCAGAUAUCAUUUGAAGGUUUUUCAAGAUAUAUGUUUUCACCAGAUUGUCUUGUAUUUAAAGAGAAGUGUAGAACAGUGUAUCAAGACAUGAAUCAGCCAUUAAAUGAUUAUUUUAUUUCAUCUUCUCACAACACCUACUUGAUAUCUGAUCAAUUAGUGGGACCAAGUGACAUUUGGGGAUAUGUAAGUGCCCUUGUGAAAGGCUGCCGCUGUCUGGAAAUCGACUGCUGGGAUGGAGCACAAAAUGAACCCGUUGUGUACCAUGGUUACACUCUUACCAGCAAGCUCCUCUUCAAAACUGUCAUCCAAGCAAUACACAAGUAUGCCUUCUUGACAUCUGAGUACCCGGUAGUGUUGUCUUUGGAGAACCACUGCUCCCCAGGCCAGCAGGAAGUGAUGGCUGACAUUCUGCAGAGUACCUUUGGAGACUUCCUUCUCUCCGACAUGCUUGAUGAGUUUCCGGAUAGACUACCGUCUCCAGAGGCACUAAAAUUCAAGAUAUUAGUAAAAAAUAAGAAGAUAGGGACGUUACUGGAAACCCGCCAGAGGCAGGGGACUAACAAAGAGGGCCAGGUGUUAGAGGUGGAAGAAGAUGUGUAUGAAGAUGAUGAUGAGGAGUCACUAAAGGAACCAGAAACACGAGACAUCUUCUUGUCACGGAUCCAGCAGGAAAAGGAGACAGGUCCCUCAAAGCUGACAGCAGGAGCAGCUGUCAAGAAAAAGAGCAGGAAGCUAAAAAUAGCUCUGGCCUUAUCUGAUCUUGUCAUUUAUACCAAAGCUGAGAAGUUCCGAAGCUUCCAAUAUUCAAGACUUUAUCAGCAAUUUAAUGAGAAUAAUUCUAUUGGGGAGUCUCGAGCUCGAAAACUUUCAAAAUUGAGAGCCCUUGAGUUCAUUUUCCACACCAGGGCAUUCAUCACCAGAAUUUACCCCAAGCUGACCAGAGCAGACUCUUCCAAUUUUGAUCCUCAGGAGUUUUGGAAUGUAGGCUGUCAGAUGGUGGCCUUGAACUUCCAAACCCCUGGACUGCCUAUGGAUUUGCAGAAUGGGAAAUUUUUAGACAAUGGAGGCUCUGGAUAUUUAUUGAAACCAGACUUUCUAAGAGAUACAACCCUGAGCUUUAACCCAAAUAAACCAGAAGGAGAUGGCCACCCGAUUACCCUCACAGUACGACUCAUCAGUGGGAUCCAGUUGCCCAUCAACUUGUCCUCUAGCAACAUAUUAGUGAUCAUAGAAGUCUACGGUGUUCCAAAUGACCAUGUGAAACAGCAGACCCGUGUUGUUAAGAAAAAUUCUUUUAGUCCAAGGUGGAAUGAAACGUUUACAUUUAUUAUUCAAGUACCAGAACUGGCACUGAUACGUUUUGUUGUUGAAAAUCAAGGCUUUAUAGCAGGCAAUGAAUUUAUCGGGCAGUACACGCUACCAGUUCUUUGCAUGAACAAAGGUUAUCGUCGUGUUCCUCUGUUUUCCAAAGCGGGUGCGAACCUUGAACCUUCUUCGCUGUUCAUUUACGUUUGGUACAUCAGAGAGUGA